CACUAUUGCUGUAUUGUUAUGGCAACAACAGGAUGCCAUGCUAAACAAAUUUAUUGACAUGAAAAAAUAGUAUAGUUUCGUAUUGAUGUUCGUAGUUUGUACGAGUUCCGGCUGUAUAAAAAUUAUUGGCCAACCUUUACUGGCCUUAUAUAAAUUUUCAAGAGACUACUAUUCUGUGGGUGAACCGGUCACUGCACUGCAGUCGCGACAUGUUCAAAAACACUUUCCAAUCAGGAUUCCUAUCGAUUCUGUACAGUAUUGGGUCGAAGCCUCUGCAGCUGUGGGAUAAAAAAGUGCGCAAUGGACACAUAAAGCGCAUUACCGACAACGACAUCCAGAGCCUAGUUCUUGAAAUAGUCGGCACCAACGUCAGCACAACGUUUAUAACAUGUCCGGCGGACCCGAAGAAGACUCUGGGCAUCAAGCUGCCCUUUCUGGUGAUGAUUAUCAAGAACAUGAAGAAGUACUUCACAUUUGAAGUGCAGGUUCUCGAUGACAAAAACGUGCGGCGAAGGUUCAGGGCCAGUAACUAUCAGUCGACAACUCGUGUCAAGCCUUUUAUUUGCACCAUGCCCAUGCGGUUGGACGAGGGAUGGAACCAAAUUCAAUUCAACUUGUCCGACUUCACCCGACGCGCUUACGGCACAAACUAUGUAGAGACCCUUCGUGUACAGAUCCAUGCAAAUUGCCGCAUUCGACGCGUCUACUUCUCCGAUCGCCUUUACUCGGAAGACGAGCUGCCGCCAGAGUUUAAGCUCUUCUUACCCAUUCAGAAGCCGGUGCAAAAGUCCAACGCCAUUUGUAGCUAAAUGGCGAAUGCUUCUUUCAACAAAUAGAGCACCUAACCCUUCGGAGUCGACGAUUACAACGGCACAAACUGCACAAGACUGCCAUCUGAACACACAUUAACACUUUAUGGGGAUCACGAAUAAAAAUUCAUCAUGUACAUAAAA